UGAACGUAAAUUUGCGAGAUGUUCAACAUGGCAGCCCGAUAGCUGUAGGCCAGCAUAGCGAGAGCAUUACAGUCGUAAAUUUACGCUGCAUGUAUUGGAGGGAAGGAUUCGAGUGUCACAAUAUUGUGACUGGAUCAAGCCGGUUAGAGAAUGUAAACUGAUGAUCCUGACUCCUUGUACAAGUACAAAGAGGACUGGUUGUAAGCGUGGAUGAUUCUUAACGUUUUUAUCAUCUGGAACCAAAACUGUAAUCUCAGAAGCAAUUUCUGAAAAUGGCAUCAGCACUAAAUGAAGAUAGUGUUGAAAAAAAGUUGAAAACUGUUAACAACACACAAGACAGCAUUCAAAGUUUGUCAUUGUGGAUCAUCCAUCACAAAUCUCAUCAUGGAAAGAUUGUUGAGCUAUGGAUGAAAGUUUUGAAGAAAACUGUUCAUCCUUCGCACCGUCUGACGCUGUUUUAUCUGUGCAAUGAUGUUGUGCAGACCUGCAAGAAAAAGAAGGCAUUUAUCUAUAAUUCAACAUUCAAAGAGCACCUGAGGGAAGCUGCUGCUCUUGUCAGGGAUGUCUCAGUGAAAGGCAAAGUGGAAAGAAUAUUCAACAUUUGGGAAGAAAGAGGAGUGUAUGAUGGAACUUUCAUCAAACAGUUGCAGGCUAUUCUAAAUGGAGGAACUGCCACGUCUAAAGCACAUAAGAAGAAAGACAGAAAAGCAGCUAGGCAUGGCAAACAUGCCUUGACAUUGCCUAAGAUUAAAGAAGAUGGUCGAGCUGUGAAGGACUCUAAAAAAGUCCAUGUGUCUGUAGAUGAGAAGCCUGAUAAUGGGCCUGUCAGCCCUCCAGGAACCCCAUAUGUUGACCAGACUGCCAAAGAGCCUCCUGCAGAAGCUCAGGCUAACGACAGUAUGACAGAACGAGACGCAGAGGAGAGUGCACGCAUUCUCGCAGAGUUUAAGCCUCACGAGAUGAUAGACCAAAUAACAGCUUUCCAGCGCCAGAAGUCUGAGAUACAGAUGAAAGUUAGUCAGCUGUCUCACCUGAGACUGGAUGCAUCAAGUAUUGAAGCGAUCAAACACCUGAAAGACAGAGCACAUGGAAAUGAUUUCUCCAGUCAUUUUGAGGACUCUUGCAUGAAGCUGGAGGAUCUAGUGAAAAGGCAAGCCCAGCAUCUUGAGGAUCAGCGAGCAUUGUUGGACACUUUGCAGACAAGCGAGACAUUUUACGAGGAGCAGUACAGGGAAGCCAAAAUUGUGGCCAAUGCGUACAAGAACUUUGGUGCCAGAAUAAACAAUAUGAAAAAAAGGCUGGACGAGCUGAAGAAAAGCAUGCCAGAACCAGACAGUCCCAUCCCAUCUCCAGACAUCAACGCCCCAUCCCCGGGCAACACUCCACCUCAUGUUGGAACUUCCAGCUAUGGUUAUAAUCCUGCCAGGCCCUCAAUGGACUAUCCUCUGGAUGCUUGGAAUUACAAUGGUGCUGAUGGGGUCACUGGUGUGGGUCACUCUUUAAAUGAUGACAACACAUUUCAAGAAUCACCGCCUCUUGAAGCACCAUCACCUGAGGGGUCUCCUCCAGACCUGAACUUGGGAGGUUCAGAAACAACGAGUGCCAGCUUUGAAUCCCGUUUGGCAAGUUUCUUUGACCGGAACAACCAGUCAGAAUCGUCCAACCCACCAGUGUACACGCCUCGCCUGGCGUCCUCCAACAGUAAGUCCUUCAAGCUGGAUGAUGAAGGGGGAACAACUCCCCUAGAUGAUGAGACCCCCACCACUCCCGUACAGGAUGAGCACGCUGCGUCUCCACCCAAGAGAAAUACUCCUCCCAAGAAAGAGAACCCCAUUGAUUUCUUGUCUCGGCUGAUUUCUCAAACACAGAAAAACCCAACGACAAAGAGUGGGACUCCAAGUUUCUUGGAUAGUUUGACAUUAUUGUCCAAUGUUGGCAAAUCUGCGACGACCCUGGACCGGGAUUCCUCCAGGGACGUUGACACGGGCUCGCAAUCCUGGGCGUCCUGGAAGUCGAAAUCAAACGAAGUGAACACCUCGCCCUCUCACCCGUCAUCUCCCUUGGGCUACUCUCCAGCACAGCCGACAUCACCCACCCAGUUCCCCCCGAGGACCCCAACAAUGGUCCCUCCUCCCAUACCAAUGCCGGUUCCUCCCCCCAUAGGCAUGAGCAUGAGCCUCACCAUGCCUCCACCGCCUCCUCCCCCUUUCACGCUCACUGCUGGACUUGCUACUCCAGAUUUCUCAAACCCGCCCCCUGGCUUUCAGCAGACAUCUCCGGGACAGAAAGAAAACUGGCCCGAGUCAGGUGUGAGUCCAGGUUCAGAUCUGCUGGGGGGUGGACGGUCAGCACACAACUCUGUCCUAAAGGAGCUGGUUCCUGCAGACAGCUUUGAGUCAAAGUCGGGUUCUAAGUCACCGUCAGUUCCCAAGCCGUCCACAUCCGUUAUGGAUCCAGAUGCCAUGGAUAUUGUCAGUGACGAGGAUGAAGAUAGGGAGGUGGGACCUGUGGGAGGGGAACUUGGUGGGGAGGCAAAAGCAGAAUUUGCUCAGAAACUAAAGCAGAAGACGUCAGCUCAGAGCUCGCUCAAGUCUCAUGUGUUUGUGCCCAACCCUGAGCGACCCAACUUAAUGACCCUAACCGUGCAGGAUGAUCUGGACGAGGAGGACAUGAUAGACGAAGAUACUGUCAUGGAAGAUGCGCCGUCAUGGUCCUCGAGGUCUCGAAAAUCCUCUCACAAGUCAAGGUCACGGUCGAGGUCACGAGAAAAGGAAAGAUCACAUCGGCAUAAGAAGAAGAAAAAGCACAAGCGCAGCAACUACAGUGAUGAUGAAGAUUCCAGAAUUUCCGACUCUGGAAAUGACAGUAAGAAUGUUGGGAGUGUUGUCAAGAGGGUGGAUUCUCGCUCAGGCAGCAGAGGUCGGGAUAAAGGCGACAAGUUUGACGAUAAAUAUAGGGAUGACCGCUAUGACGAUAGAAAGCAUGACCAGCUUGAAGACAGAGACUAUGGAAGCAGGAAACCUAUGAACAGAAACGAACGUGGAUCAAAAGAGUUCAGAGAUCCAGUGGAGGCUUACACCCAAGCCUAUCGCGACGCUAUGUUCCAACAAUUCAACCAGGGUCGUUUUGGGUCGUACGCUAGCGGGCCACAGCACAUGGAGCCUCCGCGCAGGCCUAGUUUCAGGAAAUAUUGACCUUCCUUGUCACUUUGUUCCUCAUUAUGCUAAGCGACACCAAUUAUUGACUACGGUGAGCUUUCUUGUGUGAAAUGAUAGUCACAUUCUUUCAGAUUUUCAUACUUGAGCACUGGAAAAAUGUUGAGUCAGUUCAUGAAAAGUGCUCAGGGACGUAUCACCAACUGUAGCUAGUACUGUUGAGAGUCAUGGUUCAGCGAUUGUUUGAUAUUUAUAUCAUCGUGAUCAGUAGAACAAAGUGUAUCACAUGGUAUUAUUGGCUAGUACGUAGUGUCAAUAAUGCAAGCAUCGGAGUUUGACAGAAUCACAAGAAGUUUGGUGAAAAAAAAAUUGUAUAUUGACAGUUUUUCCUUUUUCAAAAAGCAUACAUUUUGGACAUAUGAAAUAAUCAUUUCCAGGGGGGAUAAUAUCCCCGGAAAUGACGGCCUGUGGUGAACCUGUUCUCACGGUGUUUCCUGUCUAUGAGCACACAACUUCAUAGCAAUGUUUCUUGCCUGUGACAGGAAUUGCAUUGUUGGAACCUACCUGGACACAUAUGUAGUAUUGCUGCUGCAUGUGUGUCAAGAUCCUACUUCAGUCAUCAAAAGAAGCCCUUGUAAGAGCUGUUAAAGGGAUUAUUCUGAGAUUGUUAAUGUUUGGGUUGGUGUUUGGUCAUUUUUCAUUUUGGUCCCUGGAAAACUUGCACAUACACUCUUGCUGUUGUGUUCGUUGAUCUGGGCCUUUUGUAUAGAGAGGAACCAUCUUGAGAAAAUUUUCUGAAUUGUCUCUUCUAAAUUUUUGAUAGGUGUGAAUUAACGAUUUAAGUCUUUACUUUUUGUAUUGCCACUUCAAGAGAGAGCAACAAAUUUUUUAUUAUGAAGAACACCUGUCAUUGAUUGAUAAGGAGACAGCUGAUUGGCUGACUUGUUGUAAAAUUGAAAGUCAACCAGGCCACUGGUGUGAGCAUUUUUAUAUUUAUCUCCAAGAGAUAAUUUUGAGCGAUGAAUAAUUUUCAUGUCUGUCUGGUUUAUGAAUGAAAAUGUAUCGAAAGAGUGUGAUGUCCAGAAGCCUCUGUCCCUAUGCAGCUAUGUUAUUACAUUUGUCUAAGAUAGUAUUAUAAUGCUGGUGAUUGAGAAGAAGCUUUUAUGAUAUUGCUUGGUAACUGAAUUUUCUAUGAUUUUCUGAUUUUGAUUUUGUUGGCUCUAAUUUUUGGGGCUGUUUCAUUCGUUUUCUUUUUUUUCUCCUUUCAUUUUCUCAGUUCAUGUGAAUUCUCUGAACCAAAUUUGAACAGAAAACGCUAACAGGGUAACUGAAACUAUUAAGCUGCUGCCAAUAAAUUAGUAUCAUUUCUAGAAAUAGUCUAAAGUCUAGUGGUUAGCAUGCAGGACUCACAAUGAUAAGAUCAGGGGCUCGAUCUGAAUCUCAAGAUCAGCAGUAUUAUGAAAUUUGCUUGUUAACCUGUCAUUGGUUACUUCGCAGGCAACAGGGGCAGAAAAGUGUAAUUGACGGUGCCCGGCAUCUCAGAUUUAAAGGGGAAAAUAAAGCACUUAAAGAGAAAAGAUGAUCGUGUUGAUCUAAAGUGUCUACCUCUGGAAGAAAGAGGACAGACGAAAGGAGAGCUAGUUUUGUUGCUUUCCCAAUCCUUGCCCUCCCCUUUUUUUCAAAUGUUGUACCUUAAUGGCAGUUAUUUAUACAUAGAAAUGAAAAUGUUAUAGCAGCAUAUCUUGCUCAAAACGUUUAAAAUCAGACAUGUGGAAAAUGCAGCUUUCUGCUGUCCAGAACAUUUGACUUUCUCGGCCGUCAAUCAUAAGAUGAUGACUGUAGCGUCCUUGUACUCAUUGUAACAUGAUAGAAAUGGGAAUUGUUCAUUUUCAUCACCACAAGAUUCUAUUUUGCAGAAUGAAAGGUAUAUUUUUUUUCCUGUAUUGUUUUUUUCCUCUGUCUUUUCAUUUUUUGUCAUGCAUGUGUAGAGUUUAUGAGGGUUCCAAUUCUGGUAUUGCGUACUUGGGUUCAAUGAAGGCGAUAUUAGCAGCACCCUUAGCAAUGCUGUCUCGGCAAUGAAACGUCCCUUCAACUGUUUUUGUCACCUUUGUAUUGCCAGGAAAGUUGGCAGUACUUGUGUCAACAAAUUUGUGGAAGUCAAUGACCAAGUACAUUGUCAUAGAGAACCUGAAGUCUCCAGUACAGAGGAAGAGACAUGUUUGUGAAAAAUAUGUUGGCACUGAUGUCACAGUCUUAGUAUUCUUAAGUCUUUACCUGAACUUGAUUUUUAUCACACAACAUCUCAGAGAAUGCAGUUUCCUCAGAUACGUUAUCCUUUCUCUUAUCUUGUCUUUUCUUUAUGCAAGUACUUGUUGUAUGAAUAAGUUGGGAGAGGUUCAUAGAAGGCAUUCAUAAUUAACCACAAGCAUGCUCGUGUGUAUAUAUAAAUGCAUUCCAUUUCUAUAUUCAUUUUAUAUUGAUCAAACUCAUGAUUUGACCAGAAAAUCAAAAUUCAUGUCCCUUUAGUUCUGUGCCUUGUUUUAAGCUUGAUUGGAAAAUGCCCCACCCCACAGUUUUAGUUAAUACAUUAGUGAGGUAAAGAUAAAGCUUUCAUAAAAAUGGUCAGCCUCUAUUUUUUAUAGCAAGUGGGUCAGUGAAUAUGAAGGUGGGCUGCUUUCGAGUUUUCAGGGACAUUAUAAUGAGAGUGAGAGUCUUGAGCUGUUCUGUGUUUUACUAUUUUAGUGAACUCUUAUGUGUGAUUUGAAUUUGGGGCUGUUGGAGACUGUUGGCCUGGUGUACAACAAAUACUCUGUUUUCACAGUUUACUUUUUUUUUUUUGGGGGGGGGGGGGGCAUACUU